ACACGAUACCCUCGCGCGUCUAUGCGCUCUGCAUAUUUCACUGCACCUUUUAUGAAUGUAGCCAUUUAGAAAGGAAAAAAAUAACCUCACAUAAUAAUAAUAAACCCAGUCAUCGGGCGUACGCAUACGCCUCCACGCGAACUCCCGGGUGGCUCAUAAGGAAGGGUGCACCGCAUCCAGCCACUUUGCCAUCAGACCUCGUUUUCUUCGGGUAUACAGAGGCGGCAAGAACCAAAUAAUGACUUUCGCAACACAAGAGUCAACCAGCCCGUACAACGGCGCAGUUACGCCUAUUUCACCCAGCUCUCAACAGGAGAGCCCUUUCGAGGGCAACGAAAUUUGGCGUGAUGCUCCUGUGUUCACCGGCACUACAAAGUUUGAUCCUCUGCCUGAUGUAAAGAACAUCAUGGUGACAGGAGGCGCUGGUUUCAUAGCAUGUUGGGUUGUCAGACACUUGGUAUUGACGUAUCCAGAAGCCUACAAUGUCGUCUCAUUCGACAAGUUAGACUACUGCGCAUCGCUCAACAACACCAGGGUACUAGAACAUGAGCCGAACUUCUCGUUUUACAGAGGCGACAUUACGAAUCCUUCCGAGGUCAUGGACUGUCUGGAGCGAUAUAAUAUCGACACCAUCUUUCACUUUGCAGCUCAAUCACAUGUCGAUCUGAGUUUUGGAAAUCCGUUCGGUUUCACUCAUACCAAUGUUUACGGUACCCAUGUUCUGCUCGAGAGCGCCCGAAAAGCGGGCAUCAAGCGCUUCAUCCACGUGUCUACCGAUGAAGUAUAUGGCGAGGUAAAGGAUGAUGAAGAUGAUCUUCUGGAGACGAGCAUUCUGGCACCCACUAACCCCUAUGCGGCCAGCAAAGCUGCUGCCGAGAUGCUGGUGAACUCUUACAAGAAGAGCUUUAAACUACCCGUCAUUAUAGUGAGGAGCAACAAUGUCUAUGGCCCUCACCAGUACCCGGAGAAAAUCAUUCCAAAGUUCACUUGCCUACUCGCCCGAGGAGAGCCCGUCGUCCUUCACGGAGACGGCUCGCCCACUCGUCGUUAUCUUUUUGCAGGCGACGCCGCCGACGCGUUCGAUACCAUUCUGCACAGAGGUCAGCUAGGGGAGAUCUAUAACGUUGGUUCUUACGAUGAAAUCAGCAACUUGUCGCUUUGCCACAAACUCCUAGCCGAGAUGGAGAUUAUCCCCUCUCGGCCUCCGUCAUCAUCACCUCCUUGCAACUAUACCACAUCCCCACCCUCAUCGUCUCCUCUGGGGGCAGAACAAGAAGAGAUCCAUCGUUGGGUCAAGUACACUCACGACCGACCUUUCAACGAUCACCGGUAUGCCGUUGACGGUACGAAACUGCGAAAACUAGGUUGGGAGCCGAAGACAACUUUUGAAGAGGGGCUCAGGAUUACUGUGGACUGGUACAGACGAUUUGGGGAAAGGUGGUGGGAUGAUAUUACCAACGUAUUGAGGCCCUUCCCUAUAACAGCGGGGGGCGGAGACGGGGUACUGGAUCAAGAGGUGGCCGAGGUGUGUGACAAGCCCGUCACUUUGGAAUCAAGAGAGAAUACGGGAGUUAGAAAGUCAUCCGAUAUACUGAAGGAAGCAUCGGGUUCGUUCAGGUCACGCCACCAACAAUAUCAACAUCAACAUCAUCACAAACACCGCACAAGAAAAUAUCAUCACCACACAAGGGAAACGUCGCGAGACAACACGGAUUAUUAUUCUAGCAGGAUACCAAGAAGCUGCGCUCUAGCUUCUCCACGCCCACGAGAGCUCGCCUCCAGCACCGGCCUAGUAAGCCCAGGGAUCACAUUAGAUGAGGACGAUGGUUUCGACGAUGGUUUCGACGAUGAGGAUUCGACAUAUAACCAACUAACGAUCGUUUACGACGACGAGGCACGAUCACGAAAGAAGCGCAAGCUUUUAACCGUGGUCGAUGAUAUCACCAACGAUAGCCACAGCUUCAACAAGAAGGCCCGGGGAAAUAUUACUCAAGAAGGGGGUCGCUGUGCUGAACUGUCGUGGACAGGCUUGACAAGAACGCUAUGAAUUUGCUUCUAGACGGGGCUACCGAGACACGAAAAGAGUUGUUUGAAUGGAAAUGGCGCAGGGGUAGCACCUAUAGAGCGGAAAGGGGGUCAGGUACUUUUUGUUGGAUCUGGAGUUCUAGAAACCAUUUAUUGUGCCAUUCUUUUUGGUGUUUC